AUGUCUUCCAUUGUGCAACAUGACAGUAACCCGUUACUGUCAUGUUGUACAACGCAGUCAACAGAUGGCGCUUUACCUAUCAGCGACGGCAGGGAGACCACCGCGGGCCCCGGGCUGGCCGCCUCCGCGGCGAUCGGUCCGCGGCGCUUCGUCGGCGUCCAGGGGUUCUGGCGCACGCCCAUCGAUGAGCACGAGAAGAACUUUCUAGACAACGCGGACGCGGCGGGUCGCAAGGCAGUCGCGUGUCCGCUCUGCGAAGGCAAAGCGCAAGCUAACAAGGACGAGAACAUUCCCAAUUCUCACUCUUUUGAGGCUCUAUCGAGACGACUUCUAGGUAGCGUCUCGAAA